GUGGUGGCAGAGGUAGAAAUCAAUGAUGUCCCCCUCACGUGCAGGAACCUGCUGACGAGAGGACAGACUCAGGAUGAGAUAAGUCGGCUGAGUGGAGCAGCUGUCUCUACCCGAGGGAGGUUCAUGACUGCAGAAGAGAAAGCAAAAGUUGGACCUGGAGACCGUCCUUUGUAUCUUCAUGUCCAGGGUCAGACGCGGGAAUUGGUUGACAGAGCUGUUAACCGAAUUAAAGAGAUAAUUACUAAUGGAGUAGUGAAGGCAGCCACAGGUUCUAGUCCAACGUUCAAUGGCGCUACAGUUACUGUCUAUCACCAGCCAGCCCCUAUUACUCAGUUGUCUCCAGCAGUUGGCCAAAAACCUCCAUUCCAGUCAGGGAUGCAUUAUGUUCAGGACAAGCUAUUUGUUGGUCUGGAACAUGCUGUACCUACAUUUAAUGUGAAGGAGAAGGUGGAAGGGCCUGGUUGCUCUUACUUGCAGCACAUUCAAAUCGAAACGGGUGCCAAAGUCUUUCUUCGUGGGAAAGGCUCAGGUUGCAUAGAACCAGCAUCGGGCAGAGAAGCUUUUGAACCCAUGUAUAUCUACAUCAGUCACCCAAAGCCAGAAGGUUUGGCAGCGGCUAAAAAGUUGUGUGAGAAUCUAUUGCAAACCGUUCAUGCUGAAUACUCCCGAUUUGUCAAUCAGAUAACCACUGCAGUACCCUUAGCAGGCUUCACGCAGCCUGCCGCUAUAAAUAGCGUACCGUCCCAGCCGUCAUAUUACCCUUCCAAUGGGUAUCAGUCUGGUUAUCCUGUUGUUCCCCCUCCUCAACAACCAGUUCAGCCACCAUAUGGUGUACCAGGCAUAGUACCACCUGCAGUGCCAUUGGCACCUGGAGUCAUAACAACGCUACCGACAGGAGUUCCGCCUGUGCCGACACAGUACCCGAUAUCUCAAGUACAGCCCCCAGCCAGCACUGGCCAGAGUCCACUGAGUGGUCCUUUUCUUCCUGCUGCCCCAGUAAAAACAACCGUGCCGACUGGUACGCAGCCACAAGUCCAACCCCACCCCCAAGGUCAAAAGAGACGCUUCACUGAGGAACUACCAGAUGAGAGAGAGUCAGGACUGCUGGGAUAUCAGCAUGGACCCAUUCAUAUGACUAAUUUAGGUACAGGCUUCUCCAGUCAGAGUGAAAUCGAUGGAGCCGGGUCGAAGCCAGCAAGUUCCUCAGGAAAGGAGAGAGAGAGGGACAGGCAGUUGAUGCCUCCGCCAGCUUUUCCUGUCACUGGAAUGAAAUCAGAAUCUGAAGAAAGAAAUGGUGCGGGGUCUUUACCAGGCAACCAUGAUCAUCAAGCAAAGAAGAUGAAAACUGCAGAAAAGGGCUUUGGGUUAGUGGCCUAUGCUGGAGACUCAUCCGAUGAAGAGGAGGAACAUGGUGGCCAUAAAAACGCAAGUACUUUUUCACAGGGAUGGAGUUUGGGAUACCAGUACCCUUCCUCACAACAGCGAGCAAAACAACAGAUGCCAUUUUGGAUGGCGCCGUAAAAACUGCAGAAGAGUUUUCAUUCGUCAUUUUUUUGUUUUUUUUUCCCCCCCUCUAGCAAUAAUGCAUGUAUAUCACAAAACAAACUUUGCAAAUACGCAUCGGUUUUACAUUUGCAGAAGCUAAGGGUUCGGUAUUCCCCCUUGAAAGGGCUCUGUUGUUUUUAAAAUCCUUCCUGCAGUGAAUCUGUCAAUUAAAAAAAAAAAAAAAUUUGACGUGCUAUUCUGAGCGGGCUAGGCCCUUAUGCAGCGGGGGAUGUGCUGUGAGGAGAAACUAGGGAAGCCUGUCAGUCCGCAUUUCCCGUUUCUCCAGGAUAACUUAAAAAUUGAAAGAGUCAGUCACACUGACUUCAUUCUGCACCCGGUGUUGGUACCUCACUGAGUGCUCCUGCUGUCAGCCCGUGUGCCGUCCCGGUGAGCUCACGGUGGCGCCGGCUUCAAUGUUCGGACUCUCAGCAGAAGAAAGGAGUAGACCGUAGUUCUGAAAAACCCCAGGAUCUGAUUUCCUAAACUUCAUCACUUCAUUUUACUUUAAGCAUCUCCUGUAACUCAGCACUGUGUUGGUUUUGUUUUUUUUUUUUCUUUAAAAUGUGGUUUUACUAACCCCACAACUUCUCAUUUUAGCCAAAUGUCGGGGUGGGAGGGGAGGGGGCGCUCAGUUUUUUGGAUGGGUUUACCUUGCCGCUCAUCCCCAGGUGGACUUGGCGCCGUGGCGCUGGUACCCAACCUUCUCCAGUCACCCCCGUGCAUUUCGUCCCCACUCAGCCGCUGGGACGGGACUCCCCACGAGGUUCGCCCCCGUCUCUUAACUCACUCACUCGAUUCUACCCCUUCUGUUUCGCCAUGGUUUAACAAAGAAAAGGCAGGCGGGAGCCGGGCCCCCAGUGCAGGCCUGGCUCUUGCCUCCGCGCGCGGAACUGGAACCUGGGAAUAAGUUGUUGGAUUGUUUAUGGACACGAGCUGCACCCCGGGCUUGCCUGGCGGGGGGGGCUGUUGCAGAAAGAGCUCUUGUACGGAGAGCAGCGGCGCCUGGGACUGCGACGCGGCGCCGCUCAGCUUCCCCGGGGGAGAGUUUUAAAAAGGGGGAUGUGUGUCGCUGCCGCACACUGGCACGACCUCGCUGGCUCACGUGUACAAAAGUUGUCUUUGCUAUGUGUUGUAAAUAAUU